AUGGCCAACAUGGUCUGCUUAAUAGCUUUGCUCACACAACUGUGUGCACUCACUGCGUUUGGACAGGACCUAUUUGUAAUCACAGAACCAGAAGACACUGAUGCUUAUGAAUACUAUUAUGAUUAUGGUACUGAAAGCCCAGCAGAAGAUGCUGAUUUGACUGCAGAUGACUGGUUGUACGAUCUAAUGGAUAUCACAAACGAGUGUGAUCCAAACCCAUGUUUGAAUGGAGGUAGCUGUGACACUGCUACUCAUGGGGGCUUCGUAUGCGUGUGCCCUGAGCCUUACUCAGGGAAGAAGUGUCAGACAGUGAAAGAUGUUUGUAAGAAUGUGAAAUGUGGCCACGGAAGUUGUGUUGUCACAUCUACUCCUCCAUUCCACGAGUGCAAGUGCAAGCCUCCAUUCAAACCACCCAACUGCAAGAAAGCUUCUCCCUGCAGGCCCAAUCCCUGUCAGAAUGGAGGCUCUUGCCUAAAGGGCCCUAAACGCUCCUCGUUCCAGUGUUCCUGCCCUGAAGGACACAGUGGGAAAUUCUGCGAAGUUGGACCAAACGACUGUUACCAAGAGGACGGAGAGUUUUACCGCGGCAUGGUGAGUGUGACACUUGAAGGGGAGGAGUGUCUGGACUGGAAUUCCUAUUUCAUCCUGCAGAACGGAGGAGAUCCCUUCAACGAGUAUGCAGGCUAUGAUGGAAUAGGACCGCACAAUUACUGCAGGAACCCUGAUGGAGAUGAUCAGCCCUGGUGCUUCAUUAACAAAAAUGGCAAACUGAAGUGGAACUAUUGUAAAGUCAGGAAAUGUUCUGCAACUCCAGCUACCUCGCCAACCAUAAGUGUAACAGAUCCAGUGCCAGUCAAGCCGGAGGUCACCAUUGCUGAGCAGUUCUCCGAGUGUGGGAGGCCGCAGCCCGGCCGCUCGGCCAGGAUCUUCGGAGGGAAGAAGUCUCUUCCUGGGGCUCAUCCUUGGCAGGUUUCCCUGCAGACCAGACCCAAAGGCUCCUCCGGGCCCUUCAGCCACAUCUGUGGUGGCAUCCUCCUGGAGUCCUGCUGGGUUCUCACUGCUGCACACUGCAUUAAAAAUGGAGUGGAAAUGCAGGUGGUGCUGGGAGGAGUGGACAUAGAGAAGGAUGAAGUAUACGAUCAGGUCAUUGCUGUGGAGAAGGCCGUUGUGCAUGAGGAGUACAAGGAGACGCCCUUUGCCCUUCAUAAUGAUAUUGCCAUGCUUCAGCUGAAAGUCACAGACAAACCGUACUGUGCCAAAGAAACCCGCUUUGUGAAGACAGCCUGCCUACCGAGGCAGACCUUCAGCAGCGGCACGGAGUGCGUGAUCUCAGGAUGGGGUGUGACUGAAACACAGAAGUACGGUACCAACCAGCUGCUGGAUGCUCGUGUCCUCCUGAUCUCUCAGGAGAAAUGUAAAGAGCCCCAUGUGUAUGGAGACACUCUGGACGACAGCAUGUUCUGUGCGGGGAACAUGAAAGGAGGCGUUGACUCCUGCCAGGGUGACUCUGGUGGCCCUCUGGUGUGUGAGCGUAACGGGACGCAUUAUGUUGUUGGUGUGGUGAGUUGGGGCGACGGCUGCGGGAAGAAGUACAAGCCUGGCGUCUACACCAACGUCCGCAGAUUUGAUGACUGGAUCGCUUAUCAUUUACUCACACAAUUUCGCACUUAA